GAAAGAAAGAAAGAAAGAAAGAAGGAAGGAAAAUAACAAGCAAAUAACAAGAAAAAGGAAAAUAACGUUUAACAAAGCACAGCCCUUUUCCCAUCGCUUUUAGCUAUUUCUGAGUGCUUUUGCUCCCCAAUAUUCCUUGCAGGUUUGCACAUGGAAAGGAACAACGUAACACAAUGCUGUGUGCAAAAAAGAGGACGGGAAAUACUCGGGAACAAGAAUAUCCUAAAAGCAACGCUGUCACCGGCCGGACUUUGACUCUUUUUGCAUUUUUUCCCCUCAUUUCCCUUCUUUUUCCCCCCCUCGAUGGAGGUGCGACCGCCCGUCUCGGCAUUCACAAAGCUCUCCUUCUCCCUCGGAAAUAAGCAUCCACGACCACGCGUUGUCCCCUCACCCCCAAAAAAGAAGAAGAAACCCAGAAGGGAUUUAACACAACACCUCCAAACUCAAACCCUACAAAAGAAGAAACAGCUAGUUGGGUCCAAACAUCGAACCGGGAGUGAAGAGCCACGUGGAGAGCACAGAACCUCUGGCUAAGAGGAGACCCCAACCCAACACAUCCCCUUGUUGGAUAUAGGAAAGAGGGGACCCCAAGUUGGGGUUGGGGGUGCGGGUCGGGGUUGGGUUGCAGUACACCCGCUCGGCCGGCAGGUGGCGCGCCAGUCCAAGGUGGCGCAAUAGGCGCGCCGGCGCGCCCGGGGCCUCGGGGCGCCGCGCACCGACUUGGGCCUAACGACUCCGAGCUCGUCAUUAUUUGUAACCAUAGAGCAUGAAUUACCUCUUGAGGUCAUCAGUGAGAAUUUACGACUGGUCAACAAAAGCACGUGAUUCCCAAACGCACCCCCCACCCUCCCCCCAUAUUUGGCCGCAUACAUAGCAAAAACGAAGUACAGUGCAUUGCUAUAAUUCAUUAAUACAUCAUAAAUCGUCAAGCACAGGGUUAUAACGACCACGAGCCACAAAUCAAGCCCUCCAAAAUAACCCAAAUGAGCUCUUACUUUGUAAACUCGUUCUCAGGGCGCUACCCAAAUGGCCCCGACUAUCAGUUACUAAAUUAUGGGACCAGCAGUUCCAUGAACGGUUCUUACAGAGAUUCAAGCACCAUGCAUUCCAGCUCUUAUGGCUACAACUACAAUGGGAUGGACCUUAGCAUCAACCGCUCAGCCUCCUCUAGUCACUUUGGGGCUGUGGGGGAGAGCUCCCGCGGUUUCCCUUCUCCAGCUCAGGAGAGCAGGUUUAGACAGGCGUCUAGCUGCUCCUUAUCUUCUCCCGACUCCCUUCCCUGCUCCAACAGCGAAAGCCAUGGAGGCAAGCCCGCCCCGUCCCCCUCCGACCAAGCUACUUCUGCCAGCACCAACACAAAUUUCACAGAACUAGACGAGACCAGCGCGUCCUCGGGAGCCGACGAGGGCACUCCAAUAAGCAGCAGCAUCCCCCGAGCGCAGGCAGAACCCAUCGCAACCUCCACGGCAGCAACAGAAGGGCAGGCACCUCAGAUAUUCCCUUGGAUGAGGAAACUUCACAUUAGCCAUGACAUGACUGGACCAGACGGGAAGAGGGCGAGGACAGCUUACACUCGCUACCAGACCCUGGAGUUGGAAAAGGAAUUCCACUUCAAUAGAUAUCUCACCCGCAGGAGGAGAAUAGAGAUCGCUCACGCUCUGUGCCUCUCCGAGAGGCAGAUCAAAAUCUGGUUCCAGAACAGGAGGAUGAAAUGGAAGAAGGAUAAUAAACUGAAAAGCAUGAGCUUAGCCUCUGCGGGCAGCGCCUUUCAGCCAUAAAUUAUAGAGGAAGGAAUAUCGAGGAAAGAAGAGGAAACAUUAAAUAAAUCCGUAAAUAAAUAAAGCGCAGCAGAUCUUAGUUUUGGAGUACUGUACAGUGAGGCACCUUCUUUUCGGCAUGUUGUUGCUAUUCGAAACUGACGUGUAUGGUACCGUUAUCCCAGGACUGAGUUCAUGUCGUGGUUUCUGGUUUGUUUGUUUAGUUUUUUUUCCCGUUGGUUUCUUAAUUUUUUUUCCUAUUAUUUUUUUUAAAUUAUUAUUAAAUUUUAUUUCCAGAUGCUCCCCAUGCUCUCGUUGUUCUUCUAAAUGUACGUGUCCGUGCUAUCUUGAUGCUUUCUGGAAAGCCAGCAUGUUUUUAUGUGAGCCCUAUAAAUGUUAUAACUUAUUUAUGAGAUGGUAACAGAUAACGAUUGUUUGUUUAUUUGUUGCUUUUUCCCCUUCCUGGGUUUACUGCUUUGGGGGUGAGUUCUGCUCUGCCUGAGCUAAAAUCGGGGGGUUCCUGCACUACAGUGGCAGUAAAAAAUAGUAAUAAAUAAGAGGGAAAAAAAUACAAAAAAUAAUAAAAAAGAGGGGGAAAAAAGGGGGAAAAAGGAUUAAAAAAAUAUUUAAAAAGGGGGAAAAAGGAAAAAAAAAAUCUCAUGUAUCUGUCUUAAAAUUGUCCAGUCUGUGUUUUAGUUCAAACUUCAGGCCCGGAUUUCCCGUCCCAGGCUGAUUCUGAGAUGUGCUCUUAGACGUGGGUAAACUUCACUAUUCAAAAACGUAUCAAAUCGGACCAACGAUAGAGUGCUCUGGUGUUUGUAAAUACUAGGAAUAUUCCUGAUGUGACUAAUAUAGACGGUUUGUAGUGGGCAGAGUGAAUGCAAUGUUACGUGUUAAAAAGAAAAGAAAAAAAAAGACAAAAAAAAAAGGCAUCUGUCAUGUCGAACUGCCUGGUAGUACUUUGCCUAUACGCUUUUUUGUAUUUGUUUGUAGCUUUCCUUGAAGUCAAAUAAACGUUUCUCCUACUCACAAAGGC